CCGAGCCCCUGCCCCUCGUACCUCCCACUCCUUGGACCCCCUCCCCACGCAGAGAUCACCCCCGAGCCCCCCGGGUUUGGGGUUCCAGCCACACCGGACACCCCUGAUUUUGGGGUUACAGCCACACCGGAAUUUCCCCACUUUAGGGGUCCCAGGCACAGAGAACCCCAGGUUUGGGCUCCCAGCCCCACAGCACCCCCAAACCCGCUGAUUUUGGGGUGCUAGCUCCAGCACACCCCCCGGUUUUGGGGUGCCAGCCCCCCAGUUUCGAGAUGGACACGUCGGAGCCGGGCAGCGCCGCCGAGGAUGAGGAGGAGAAGGUUCCAGAUGUUCGGCCCCGCACCCGCUCCAACCCCGAGGGCGCCGAGGACCGAGCCGCGAGCGGGCCGGGCAGCGUGGGCAGCCGGGGAGAGGCCCCAGGGAACCGGGGAGAGGCUCCGGGGAACCGCAGCGAGGGCGAGGGGGAGGCGGCCAGCGCCGGGCACAGCCCCCCCGGGCAGCCUGGCACGGCUUGGCACGGCCCGGGCAGCCACGGGCAGCACGGCGAGGUGACCGUCAGAACACCGCGGGUCAACUGCCCCGAGAAGGUGAUCAUCUGCCUGGACCUGGCCGAGGAGAUGGCAGUGCCCAAACUGGAGUCCUUCAAUGGGUGCCGCAGCAACGCCCUGACGGUGGCCCAGAAGAUGAUCGAGAUGUUCGUCAGGACCAAACACAAAAUCGACAAAAGCCACGAGUUCGCCCUGGUGGUGGUGAACAAUGAUGCCACCUGGCUCUCGGGGUUCACAUCAGACCCGCGUGAGGUUUGCAGCUGCCUCUACGACCUGGACACCGUCGUGUGCCAGUCCUUCAAUCUGGAUGGGCUCUUCAACCUCAUCCAGCAGAAGGUGGAGCUGCCGGUGACCGACAACAUCCAGACCAUCCCCCCGCCCUUCGUGGUCAGAACCAUCCUGGUGUUCGGGCGCCCGCGCUGCCAGCCCCACUUCUGUGGGGGCGAGCACGUCAAGAAGCUUCUGCAGUGCCCCUAUUUCUUCUUCGACGUUGUUUACAUCCACAACGGGGUGGAUGAAAAGGAAGACGAGAGCAGCUGGAAGGACAUGUUCGGGUUUUUCGGCAGCCUGGACACCAAAGGCACCAACUACAAGUACGAGGUGGCCCUGGCGGGGCCGGCGCUGGAGCUGCACAACUGCAUGGCCAAGCUGCUGGCGCAUCCCCUGCAGCGGCCGUGCCAGAGCCACGCGCACUACGGGCUGCUGGACGGGGGGGACAGCCCCGAGGGGGAGGCCGCCAGCUGAGAGAGGGGACAGCCCCGCCACUCUCUGAGGGGACAGGCCCGAGGGCGAUGCCCCCGCCUGAGGGGACAACCCUGUGAAAAACGCCAAUCCCUCGUUUUUAAAAUAUUAAAAGUUGAAUAGGAAUGAAAUGGUUCUAAAGCCAGCAAUGUAAUUAGAGGAAUGCAGAUUUGGAUAACUGGGAUUUAGGACUAUAGGAGAGAGUAAAA